UCAGCCGUGGCUGGGAGGCUUCCGUCUCACGUGGUUCAGCUGCUGUCAGCUUGCCGCUGAAACCUCUGGGAAGACUUAAUUAUAAACUGGAUUAAGUAUUAAAGAUAAGUCCCUGGGGCAGCUCGGGGGGUGUUCAUUCAGGGCAUGUGUCAAGGCUUUUUCAAUGCCAGAAGAUCAAAGGCAAACUACAAUGGCGGUUGAUGAGCUUCAAGCCAUAAUACAAAGAUGUCAAAUUCUGGAAGAAGCUGACUUCAAAGGAGAAGAUUUUAAUCUGUUUCAGGUAGCAGGUCAGAAAUGUUUAGAAGAUGGGUAUGCAGCUCAGUUAUUAGAAGUAAUUCAAAAUGAGAAAAAUAAGGUUAUCGUCAAGAAUAUGGGCUGGAAUCUCAUCUCUCCCCUGGUUAGAUGUAUUUUCAUGUAUAAAAAGGAAGAUGAUAAGCGAGAACACUGCUUGAAGAUACUAGAGCAGUUGGCACAGCUAUGCAAUCCAAAGGAACUUUUUUUGGGUUUACUUGAGCAGAUUGAGCAGACCUCUGGAGAGCGAGUGUGCCAAACUGUCAUGUUAUUGCUUCAGCCUUUGCAGACAGUGCUUUUGAAGCUUCAGAACAAGAAGGCCUACUCAGUGGGUUUAUCUUUGGCCAUGAUUAUGAAUCAGCUUACUCCCUUACCUGUACCAUAUACAAAACAACAAAUACAAGAAGAUAAACUGGGUCUCUGUCAGUGUUGUAAUGCAGUGGUGGACUUCACUAGACCUUUUGUGAAUGAAGUUGUUAAAAACAUGGAGAAGUUAUCAGAAUAUAAUGACACGGAGCUGAAAGAAGAAUUAUUAAAAUUCUGUAUGAAAAGCCUGAAAUACCCAUUAUUGACAGCUCAGCUUGAAGAACUUGAAGGCAUUGAUGAACAUCCCUUUCGGCAUUUUGCAGCUGCAAUUAUUGACAUUUUGUGGGAUAUAAAAGAACUGAUACCAUUGGUGUUUUUACAUCGUAAAAGCAAAAAUCCAGAAUGGGAGAAUCAGGAGUUUGCAGACAUAGAGCAAAAGAAUAUUGCUGAUUCUUUGGCAUGCCUGUCGUAUCUUAUGGUUGUUCAGCAUUUUGGUAUUGACUGCUUUCCGAUGGUAUUUAGUCCAUCAUACCUUCUGCAAUGCAAUAUGACGAAUAUUGAAGUGCUAAUGAAAAGAACAGAAGAAUCUAUUUUAUCUAAAGGACUUGAUCUGUUUGAGAGCUGUUUAUUGAGGAUGGAAGAUAAUAGUCUUCUCCAUCAGUAUUUAGAAUUCAGAGAUUUUAUUAAUGUACCUCAGGAUUUGGUGAAAGUUAUGACCCUUUGUCCCAUAGAGCAUCUGAGGAAGAAAAGUUUAAAUAUUUUGCAGUUGUACAUAAAUAAGUUUGACACAGAGGGAAAACAUACAUUAUUCAGGUGUCUCCUGAAGACAAGCAACCAUGCUGGUGUGGAGGGAUACGUUAUUAAAAAUAUAAAAGAUCAGAUUCACUUAUCAUUAACGAAGGCAUGUGACAACACUUGGUUUACAGGACAUCACUUGAUCUCCCUUCUAGAUUUAGUGUUUUUGCUUCCAGAAGGUGCUGAGACAGAUCUUCUGCAACACUCUGAUAGGAUUAUGGCGUCACUAAAUCUACUGAGAUACUUAGUCAUUAAAGAUUGUGAAAGUGAUAAUCAGACUGGAGUAUGGACCAUGAUUCCCAGGGUUGAGCAAAAUUUUUUAAAGCCACUGCAUGUAGGACUCAAUAUGUCAAAAGCACACUAUGAAGCAGAAAUAAAGAAUAAGAAAGAGAAUAAAAAAGAGGCGCAGAGUCCUAACACAGUUUGUUCUGUAACUGUUAGUGGGGAAAAGAUGCCUGCCAUGACUACUGACAUGCAGCUUCAGGUUUUACACUCUGCUCUCUUCACUUUUGAUUUAAUAGAAAGUGUUCUGGCUCGAGUAGAAGAACUUAUUGAAGUGAAAAUAAAAGCUGUAAUGGAUGAAAAUAGUUAGGUCAGGUGAAGUAUUUGAAUUAAUAUACUUCUUUAGAAGAUCAUUUUGACUGUGAGACUAGCUGAAAAGUAGGUACCAGCCUUUAAAGAACAGCAGUUCAGAGUGGCCUCUGGAAGAACUGCAAAUGCUGCUCUUCAUAAGUCUUCAUUUUUUUUAUUUUACUUUGCUAUUGUUAUAUGGGUUUCACAGAGAUGGCCUAUUUUCUCAAAUACUCCUUGUCAGAAACUGAUACUUUUUCUGAAGUUUAGAAAUGAAAACUGAGGGUUUUUUUGUUUUUUUUUUUUGUUCUUUUGUCAUGGCAAGGAGAUAAUGGUUGUGCAUUUAUUUUUCUGUUCAUCUUCAGAAUUUGUUAGAUAAUAGUUGCUGAAUGGUGUUGUGAAUUACAAAGGUUUUUAUGAAGUGACUGGAGAAGCAUUAAUUAAAAAGCACUGUUUAAGCAUAAGGUAUUUUUAUUAACACUUUGUAAAUAUAGAAACUUAUACAUCAAUACUAAACCAGGAUGCUAAGAUUCACAUAGAUAACAGUAGAAACAUUAUGGUGAGGAAAACCAGGUUUAAAGAAAAACAAAUCAACUUUGAGCCAAAUGAGAUGUUAAAACUUAGUAGCAAACCAGGUAACACUUGUGUUUACAAAAACACAUUGCAUAAGGUUUCAUACAUAUAAGUGUUGUAUGUGGGAAACCUCUUUAGUAUUGAUUAUCCUUAUCUUUCAUGACAAAUUUGUCCUUGAGAUAGAUUAAGCAUUUUUGAAAAUUAUUCUAAGCAGAUGAGCUCCUAAGUUCAGAAUCAAGUUAAAAAUAAGGAUGGCUUUUUUAUAGUGCAGUUAAACCACUUUUUUUUUUCCUAUACAACGCACAUUUGGUAUAAAGUAUGCUAUUUUUCACUGUAUAGUUAUUUAAUAUAAUUUUUCAUUCCAACUGCGUAAGUUGUAUAUACAGUCUUUUGAAAUGUCACUAUAUUUUUAAGAACAUUCUAUAUUUUGUGUAAAAUGUAGCCACUAUUUAUGAAUAAAACCCCCAAAUGCUAAAUCAA